AUGGUGAACGUGCGUGGGACGGAGAGGACGAUGGUGGACCCCGAGGCCGUCCUCACCAUCCACCGGCGGGGGGAGCCUCUGGCCGACGACCUCAGCGUCCCCGAGGAUAUCAACGUGUACCUGGGCUCCGAGAACCACCUGAGCGUCGAGCGGAAGUACACGUCCAAGUUCCUGUGCGACCUCGACCUGGCCCUCUACCCCUUCGACGUCCAGCGCUGCUUCAUGGACCUCCAGGUGCUCUCGGCCGCCACGGACUUCGUCGUCCUCGCGGAGGCCAUCUCGAGCGUCUCCUACGUCGGCGCCGAACUCCUGAUCGAGUACGAGGUCGUGGGCGUGAAGCUGGCCGUGUCGAACAACCAGACGAUGGCGGAGGCGGAGGUGGAGGUGAAGCUGCAGCGCCGCGUGGGCUACCCCAUCAUCUCCAUCUACGUCCCCACCGUCAUCCUGCUCAUCCUGGCCUACCUGUCGCUCGUCUUCCGGAGGGACAACUUCGAGACGAGGGUCAUGUCGGCGCUCACCGUGCUGCUGGUGCUGGCGUCGCUCUUCACGCAGGUGACUCGUCCACCGCGAAUGCAGAUACUGACGUCGAAUAGCGCUAAAGAUGCCCCUUCCCUCUCUCCUCCGCAGACCUCGACGUCCCUCCCCAAGACGUCGUACUUCAAGAUGGUGGACGUGUGGCUCCUGUUCAGCAUCUCGCUCAUCUUCUUCGUCAUCGUCUUCCACGUCCUCAUCGACAUGGCUGCGGACGGCAAGCUCUUCGCCAGCGCCUCCAGGAUCUCCUCGCCCCUGAAGGUCGCUCCCGCCGAGGGGAAGGAGGCCAUGGAGGGCGGCGUCUCGGUGGUGUCUCAUCCCGCCGCCAGGGGGGUCGCGGGCUGGAUCCUCGGGGAAUCCCCGGACUCGCGCUUCGACAGGAACCGGAAUCUGGGCAACAAGCUCUUCACCUACGCCCUCGCCUUCAUCCCCUGCUACUUCUCCCUGUUCAACGUCAUUUACUGGAUUUACAUUUUCGCUUAAGAGGGUUCAAGUGACCUUUUUCCUCUCUCUUUUUCCCUGUGUUGCUUUGUUUUUCCUUUAGAUCUUU